AUGUCACCAGUUGUUGCAAAUUCACAGCACAAUUUAUUUUCCUCAGACAAGCUACAUGUCUCUGUUGCUUCUAGAGAUUUUUUUACUCAUUCCUUUCAAUCUAACGAAGGUCUUAAAUGUGAAGAUCUGUUACCUGGUCAGUAUUUGUGUGACUCCCCAGCCAUAGAUGAACUGACUCAACAACCACGGAACUGCUCAUCACUAAAAGCCCCAGUUGAUUGUAAACCAGCUCCUGGGAUUCUCUGUGACGGAAAGCUAUUCAGUGGCUCUGAAAUUGGUUUCCAGAAAUUAGUAGAUUGUCGUCGAGUCACUGGAUAUAAAUUCGACUUGGCAUUACUGCUGUCAGUAUUUGGUGGCGUAUUUGGAUUGGAUCGAUUCUACCUGGGGUACCCAGCUCUAGGUUGCCUGAAGCUCUUCACUUUCGGUGGGUUCGGACUCUGGUACCUCUGUGAUAUCCUACUAAUUUCACUUGAAACUGUUGGUCCUGCUGACGGCUCAUCGUUUCUCCGGCCUUACUACGAUCCUGCCCUGACUCUCUUGCGCCGGACUAACUACACGGUGUAUUCUGGCUGA